CCUGCGCACCCUGUACCAUCCUGUACUGUGACAUAUGGGAAAGUUUGUUUAUAUCGAAAGUGAUUAGGACAACAAUUAAAAAAUGAAACGUUUAACGGAAGAAAAAACGAAGCUUGUCUUAGAAACACCAACAAAAUAUAUUGGAGACAAUGUGAAAAUAUUAAUUGACCGUCCAGACGGCAUUUAUUGCUUUUGGGAAAGAAAAGGCAGGGUGUUUUAGAUUAGAUUAUUAUGUUUCAGAAAAGAUUUUCCACUGGCAAGUAUGGUAGCUCUAGAUAAACUAACAUGUUUUGGAACAUGUUUUGGAAAAUUUACAAAAUCAGGAAAAUUCAGGCUACAUAUUACUGCAUUAUAUCAUUUAAUUCCAUAUGCGCAAGUAAAAAUAUGGCUUAAGCCGUCUGCUGAACAACAAUUUUUAUAUGGACAUCAUAUUUUUAAGAGUGGAUUAAGUCAAAUUACAGAAAAUAUCAGUCAGUAUCAAAGAGUAGUUAUUUAUUCGACAAAUUACAUACCACUGGGUUUUGGAGUUACAGCAAAAAGUACAAUGGAUUGCAAACAUGCAGAUCCAAUGGCAACAGUGUGUUUUCAUCAAGCUGAUAUAGGAGAGUAUAUUCGUUCAGAAGAUUCUUUAAUAUAAUAAUUUUGUAAAAAUAUUUUGUAUAAUAUGUAAGUGUUAGAAUGUUAAAUAAAUGGCUAUAUAUUAUA